AUGUUCUCGAGCAAAUUCAUUCUCGGGGGCAUUUUGAUGGCUGCAGUAGGUGACUUCCUAGCCUUUAAAUACUAUCCGGAGGGAGGCUCCAGAUUUGGCUGGACAUUCCAUCAAAUGAAAGGUAACUUGAUGAAAGUCCAAAAUUUCACUCACAAACUCGCAGAUAUGUUUUGCAACGAUCCUGAGCAAUGCAAGAAUGCUACCGAUAAAUUUUUCAUGAUCGUUGCCAGUCUCCCCCAGGACUUUGUGUCGCAGUUUGCAGACUUAAUGAGCAAGUUUGGUGAGUCGUCCAAACAACAGGAAGGCGGAGAGGUUAAUCGGAAACCAACUGAAACCAUGAGAGCGGCUGUCAACUAUUCAAACGGAGAAGUUCAAAUCCAAGGCGAUCCAAAGAAAGGAGAAACCGUCAUAAAGUCGCUGAAGUUUUCAAUUUACGAGGAAAACAAUCUUUGUGACCUCAUGGAGGGGAUACCCCCGGAGGAAUAUGAUGCAACAGUCGACGACAUCGCCGAAUUAACCAACAUGCCGGAAAACCUCACAAAAGCUAUUAAACGAGCUAAGAACUUUUCUGGAGGAAAAGUGAAGGCGGUUAGAAGGUUGCAAUUCCAACCGGAAGAUGGAAACUUGGUUUUUGGCCGAGUAGCUGUUAUUCGCGGGGGCAAGCUGCUUGAUAUGGCUUACUCGCUUCACGCUCUGAAGUAUGUACUUGCGCCGAGCCAACGCAGACCUGAAAACGCCCAGAAGUUGGAACAGUUUUCCGAAAGCCUAGAUGAAGACGAAGAGGGCGGCCGGAAGGAGUUCCAGGAGAUUUCAGUUGAGCUAAGAAACGAUUUUUUGGCGUUCUUCCAUAAAGAGGCUAUCCAGGGGUUUGUUAAGCAAUGCGACUUCGUGCUAAAGGCACUGAACGACGAAAACAAAGAUGCUGAAAUUCUUCAACAUAUUGGUGUUAGCAAAGACGGAAAAGCUGUGGAAAAGGACAAGAUAACUAGGGACUAACGGCUGGGACAAAUUUCUCAGAGUUGCUUAGAUGUCACUGGUUCGACACUGCACGGUAGUCUUUUCAUCUAGACCCAAUGUGUCACAAUUGUACUAAACUUAGAUCGAAGGAUUGAGCCAAAGUUAUAGAUUUAAGCACCUUAGAUAGUGAUUCGAAGUAAAUUAGAUGCAUAUCGAUCAUAUGACCAGGAAAACUAAGUCAUCAUUAAUAAUGUGAGUCUCUCUUUUUCUCGGAAAUGGUAUAAGGGGCUGGUCACGCUUGAUGUUGCCCCCAGCGAAGAAAUGGAUAAAAAUGGUUACCCUCUGUCCACAGUUUACUGAACAGAUUGUAGGCAAUCACGUGAUUAAGUCAAAGGUGACGUUUUGUUCAUAAGACUAUAAAUAACUUCUACAUUUCAGUAAAAUUUGAAAGGUGUACUUACAAUACAUGCCUGCAUGACACUGUUUGUUUUCUUUUUUGAAUUGAUAGUUUGUUGUUUUUUUGUUUCGUUUAUGAAUCGAUGCGGUUUUCGUAUUUCAGUAUUUUGUAGUACUCCCGCGGUUUUCUGAUUGUGCGUUACUUGAGUAGCUUUCCUUUCUUACUAUACCAAUAGCCAAUAUUAGCUUAUUUGGUCGAAAGUUAAAAUGUAAAACGGAUCAGUAUGAUACCUAAUUGAAAGUAUUCUAUUAAACAGUGAUUUUUCGGCAGCAUUUGUGUAUUUGGGGGUCUGUCGAUGUCGCGAGGACAACUGCAUCUUGCUCUCUCCUUUUUAAUUACCGACAAUAAUUUUAUAUUUUUGCUGAUUUUUUUUUUCGUUUGCCAUUACCAGGUUAGGUAAUCAUGAUUUUGUCUUUCUUCUUUUCGAAAAGCAAAAGCAAAAUAACACAACACUCAGGCUUUCUGGAAAUAUCUUUUUGACCCUCUUUAACCACUCUGGUGUAAACAGUAAAUGUUUAUUUCCACGUUUUAUUCAUUGAAAAGGGAAUCAAGAAGGAAAAUCCUAAAAAGAAAGAAACCUCUAGAUAUAUGCUGAUUUAACAUUGCUACGUCACGAAGAUAUUGUUGUUUUAGGUCAACUCUGGGCUGAAGUCAUUUCUCAGUGUCAUUAGCAAUAUUUAUACGUAAAAUGUUCCAGUAAAGUUAUGAAGUAAUAUAUCAAGCAUGAGAAACACAGUGUCAAAUGCUUGAUAUUACUUCUAAAACAAAAUGAUUUGACCAGGAGAAAUUAAAGAUGCAGUAAUGAACAGUUUUUCAUCUAAUUUCCAAACACUGAUUAAACAUUUGUAUUUUCUUCAUGGAUUAUUGAGGAGUUCGAGAUAUCAAACAAAUUUCAUAAGGGAAGAUAUCAAAACAAAUUUCGUAAGGGAAGAUAUCAACAAAUUUCAUAAGGGAAGAUAUCAGAACAAAUUUCGUAAGGGAAGAUAUCAAAACAAAUUUCGUAAGGGAGACAGGAAUCUCUGCAUUAAAACCUGAAAAGGUUGGCCCGAACUUUUUAAGUUUCAAUCCAUGCCAAUCCUAGCCAUCUGUUGCAUCAGAGGACAGGAAACAAUUUCCAUGCUUAAAUAUAGUCUUAAGUAACAAAACUAGACUAUUAUUUUUGACAUUCAGUUGAUGCGAGAAAAGUUUUAGCUUUUAAAAAACAUGGAAAAUUUCUCGACGUAUUUAUUUAAAGGUAUUUAAUCGCUUUCACCAUGAUUACAAUGCUAAAAAAGACUAGGGGAAAAAAAUACAUUUGAACAACACACAAAAACGAGGGACGAAGGUGCGGGAUACACAACAGAGCGAGGCUCCAAAUUAAGUGUGCCCUUACGGAAAAUACACAAACACUAACUAUGUAAACAUUAGACGUAGCCCCUUCAAAGACAUUCGAAGGUUUUCGUUCCGUCUUUUCUUGUUACCAAUUGAAAAUAAGGGCGCCCCUGUCGCACUUUUAGUAAUCCGCUUCGUUCUAGCCAAGGGCCACGUGAAAAGAAAAGAGAUGGUUGAUUAGAUCAUUAUAGUGCAAUAUACUUUCAACAGCGUCGAGCAAAAAAAAUGGGCUACAUAACCACUUGCUAGUCUAAGCUUCAUUAAUACAAGCUAAUCUUACGUUUUGUUUGGUGUUAUUCAAUAAUUAAGUUUUGAUGUCAAUGUUAGAAAUUUCUCUAUCGUUCGGUUGUAUCGCAAAAUCCAGUUUUUAAAAACUCAAACUCUAAAAAUUGAUUGAAAAUAUCUUUCUUAUCAGUUUUACAAAAUAUGGUGACUCUUUAAUUUUUUUGUUCUAGUGGGUAAUUACACUACAUUUCUAGUGUAUUUAAAAACCUCCAAGAAAUACUUAGAAAUGUCUCAAAUUUAUAACGUUUACGGGACUGAAUAAUUCUCGUGUUACUUCUGCAACACGAGACGUUUUCUUCUUGCCUGGCAAUUUUUCAACCGAAAAACAAAACAAUAAUUAUGUAUGAAAUUAGAUAGGAAAUCUAUUGAAUUCCCAGUUAACAAAACUUUGUGAUCUUGAUCUUGGAUCUUCGACGAAUCCUAAAUUCCAAAAUAUAUUUUUUAAAGAUCAAAAGAAAAAAAAGAUAAAAGCUUCGGUUUUGAAUACCUCUCCCGUAACCAAUCUUAGUGAUUUCCAUCGCUCAAAAGCCGUCAAUUAUCUUACAUAUUUCUCUCUGCCAAUAAUUACGAAUAAGCCAAAAACUGUUUUCUCUGUUUUCCAUGUCACUUUUUAUAGCUGAAGAAAUCUUAUCAUUCUGAAAAUAUGUGCUCUAUUCCCUCGAUUUGUCCCGAAAGUGUAACCUUCAACGUGAGGCGUAACGUUUUGCGUUGAAUUUUUUUUUUUUUUAAUUGAAAUAGCCAUUUUGAUUUGACCGGUAUGAUGAAUAUGUAAUACGUGUAAUGCGGCACGCGAAGUAAUUAAUUUUUGAACCCUGCUGCGUUGGUUAAGUAAAUGAACAUUAACUCACGAUCUUUAACUAUUAGAUAAUCGCAUUUUAACAGCUGCGAUUAACUUGUGCGUGCUUCUUUGACGCAAUAACCGAAAACUUAUGCAUUGCUAAAAUGGCUUUUUGUUUCUAGAAAUGGUUUUAUCAAAGAACAAGAUAACUAAACCAACACGCUUGCGUUUGAAGAUAAGAGCUUUCGUUGUUGUUUUACCUUUUUAUGAAAAAAAAAUAGAGAAAAAUAUCUUUUUUCCUUCCAGCGGCUUAUUGGAGUGGCAAAGCUCGAGUGGCCAGGUGGAGUUCGAGAAUGUGCAAUUUUCCGUUUUAGAAAACAUCGGUAUUCUAGAUUCUUCUUCUUAUGCCCCGUCUUGAGCAGUGAAGGUAAAAAAAUCUGUGUUCUUUUUAGCUUCCAUUUUAACGAUGAGUUGGCUGCGUAAUAUAAGACUUCCUUCAAAAGGUUGAGUUUGAUCGUCCGGGUGAACGACUUCCUUAUUGUACUCGGGCAUACGUUAGGGCCUUAGCAUGGCAAAACGUCACCCUUACUUUAAAAGGUACGGUUACCAUACGCUGAAUUUCAGAAUGACAGUAGCAGAAGUAAGUGCUACUAAAGGCGAGCACGAUAAACAAAACUUUCGUCACAAAACGUAACAAAAUUCAAACAGCGGGACCUGUUCCCCGGGGGAGGGGUGUUCGGCAAAAUUAAUGCUUACACGGGGGGGCUCCGCCACGGGGUCCAAACCCUUACCUUUUAUAUACUAUUUUUCACAAAAAAGGUACGCCUUUCACAUACCUUGUUUAGAACUUUAAAUUUCUUUUAACUGCUGUAAAUGCACUGCCUUUUAAAUAGGAAUCAAUCACAAAAAUAGAACGUUUUCUCAACUUUAUAAAGCCAUAAAAUUCAUCUGUUAGCUCUUUUGGGCCCUUUCACAGACCCAAAUGACAGAUUUACCUACCCUUCUAUAUACUUCAACUAGUGAAAUCCCUACCUUUCAUGUACCUGAAGCCUGAAAAAGGUAUUACCCCUUUCGGGCGGAGCCUACCCGUAUAGGCCAUCAUAGGGAGUACCCCCCACCCCCCGUACCUGUUCAGAAGCUUUCAUUUCAAUGGUCACGCCUCAUGGCUGAUUCCAUUUCCCGACCUUGGACUCAAAGCUAGAAACCCCUUCUACAGCGGUAUAAUAAACAGCAAACCAUCAGGAAGAUAAUGAUGGUAUAGCUAGCUUACAAAUCAUUUGGAAAAUUGCAAAGGAAUAGCCAAUGCAACUAGUACAGAUUUCUACAGUUUUCCUGCGGGUCGAGACUACAGAAGAAAGGUCCUUUAGAAAAAAAAAGUGCAUGACACUUUCAAAUCCUCGACUGGGACGUUAAACAAUACUGAUUUGCAUGAACUACAAAGAAAUUCCCAAAGUACAAAGUGAAAUGACGUGCAAAGAUGAGCUUCGGCCACUUUCUUAAGCAUUUCUUCAUUUUUCGGGAAUUUUUCAAAAUUGGCCAGAACUUGACAUUUAUCUAAAUGGUAGUACUAAGAGAUUUUAGCUAGCUUAAGACGUGAGAUAAACAACCCAAAAAGUUGUAAUAGAUGGAUGUGGCUAAAGCCUUCCCUUUGCGUGCUUUCAAUUCACACGAAUUUGAUUGUUUUGUUUUUGCUAAUAGUUUGAAAAACGAGUUUCCUUGAUCAUAUCAGUUUAGUCUUGCGUGUUUUGUGGAGGGAGAAUGAGCUAAGGAGCAGCUGUUUUCAUCAAUGAAAGAGCUUGAUAAAAAUUAAAAUGAUAUAUGGUAAUAACUUUAUUUUAUAGAGAUGGUAAGAAAGUCUCCUCCAAGAACAGAACGCUAG